AUAACGCGUCGUCGUUUGACUCUGGAGACGUGGUUGAGCCGCAGGCUUUGGAGCACUUACGGAAUGGUGAUGCGACAGUAUCGUCACCAUCAUCAACAAUGGCUGCGACGCCCAACAAUACACCUUCAACAGGGACAAGUCAGGAGCAAAGUACACAGCAGAUCACAAGGUUACAGCGCAUAUCACAGAUUUUACGCAAAUAUGUCAAAUUCAUUGGCCCAGGUUUGAUGGUUUCAGUUUCCUAUAUGGAUCCAGGUAAUUAUUCCACUGCCGUGGCUGCCGGUGCUGCUCAUCAGUACAAGUUGUUGUUUUCAGUGCUGUUGUCGACAGUGAUGGCUGCGGUAUUACAGAUCUUGUGUGCAAGACUCGGUGCUGUGACAGGACUGGAUUUGGCACAGAACUGCCGUGAACAUUUCCCAAGAAGGCUGAACGUUGUCAUCUAUGUUUUGGCUGAGAUUGCCAUCAUCGCUACGGAUUUGGCAGAGGUUAUCGGAACUGCGAUUUCUUUGAACAUUUUGUUUGGAAUUCCGCUGAUAUUAGGCGUUAUUCUUACAAUUAUUGAUGUCCUCUUCGUUCUACUGUGGUAUAGACCUAACGGUGGUAUGAAAAUCACGAGAAUAUUUGAAGCAUUUGUUUCGAUUUUGGUCACUCUGACGGUGGUUUGUUUUGCAGUGGAGUUGUUCACCGUGGAGUUCUCACCAAGAGAGGUGAUGAAGGGAUUCCUGCCUUCUAAGGAGAUCAUCGAAGGUGACGGGUUAUACUUAUCUUUGGCCAUCUUGGGUGCCACAGUGAUGCCACACUCGUUGUAUUUGGGGUCUGGAUUGGUUCAACCAAGAUUACGUGAUUACGAUAUAGAUGCCGGUAACUAUAAAGCCGCUGACGUUGAUGACGACGAAGACCAUCUGAACUACAGACCAAGUCUGGAUGCUAUAAACUACACGAUGGCCUUUUCUAUUACUGAAUUGGUGAUUUCGUUGUUCACUGUCGCAUUAUUCGUGAAUUGCGCCAUCUUAAUCGUUGCAGGUGCAGCACUACAUGGACAGAAGGGCACAGAUUUGUUCUCAAUCUAUACGCUAUUAACAGAGCAUCUGUCAAAAUUUGCUGGUUUAGUGUUUGUAUGGGCAUUGUUGUUCUCGGGACAAAGUGCAGGUAUUGUCUGUACAAUGUCUGGUCAAAUGGUUGCUGAAGGAUUCUUGCAUUGGGAUUUACCACCUGCAGUGAGACGUCUCAUCACUCGUUCUGUUGCAAUAACACCAUGUUUGGUUCUCGUUCUUGUCUCGGGAAGAUCUGGGUUGAGUAGUGCGUUAAACGCAUCUCAAGUGGUUCUUUCACUGCUGUUGCCAUUUGUGAGCGCACCAUUGAUCUACAUGACGAGUUCGAAGAAAAUCAUGAGGGUUAAGUUGAACCGAGACAAUAGAGCCAUUGAGUCAAUUGGGUUGAUGGAUAUGUCGGAGGAGGCUAACGAUCAAGAUGAAGAUCAAGGCAGUAGUUUGUCGUUGAACGACCAGGGAGAUGACGCAGAUGUGGAGGACACAUACAAGGAUAUGAGCAAUAGCAUGUUGAUGAACAUCAUAUCCAUACUUAUCUGGGGGUUCAUUACAACGUUAAACUUCUUUUUGCUAGUGAGCAUGGCUAUGGGAAAGGAGGUUGCAUUCUGAUUCUCAUCGUUAUAAGUUAUUUUAAGAGUCAUCACAAUUGUGUUUUUUUAUACACGCAUACACAUGAAGAAAGUGGUUUAUACGCUCAUAGAUUCUACAAUUGGAGUCUCUAGUAUAUAUACAUUCAAUCGGACAUAAAUCACUUUACUUGUUGUAGGAGAUAUUCGAAAACAUUUCGUAAGUAGCAUUCCAGUGCCCCAAAACACCAAGGAGCACAAAGAUAUGCCAGAUGUUAUGCGAUUGGAAAAGAUAGUCAACCCACCACAUGGACCAAAUGGAAUGACGCUUAUCUGAAUAUGUUGGUUCAUCUUUGAAAUAACGGUGAACAUUUUCAG